UAUUUCACGAAUCUUCUCCCUUAAUUUUAGCCAUCCGCCUUAAUUCGGUUCUGUCUCCUGACAUACAGGACGACCAGUUCUCCCUGGGAUGGGGGCGGGCCGGGUGAGAUGCGGGCCCCGCCCCUUCCGGCUGUGUCCAGCCUCCCAGCAACGGUCCAAACCCACCAACUUCCGCUGUGUUUCGCUGCUGCAGACUGACUCCUCUAUCAUGCUCAGUGCUUCUAAGCAGAGCUCUCCUGAGUUCCUGCCAACGCCUGGGGAAAUUCAUAACCUCUGCGCCUGGCUGGACAAGCUCCCACUCAGCCGCCCCAAGCGCCACCUGGCUCGAGACUUCAGUGAUGGUGUGCUGGUGGCCGAGAUUGUGAAGCACUUCCGCCCUCGGCUGGUGGACUUGCACAGCUACGUCCCAGCCUGCAGUACAGACCAGAAGCUAAGCAAUUGGAGCCUUCUCAACAGGAAAGUCUUUCGAAAGCUGCACUUGUGUAUCUCAGAAGCUGAUAUCCAAAAGGUGGUGUCCAAUAGGCCUGGAGUUAUCGAAUCUAUCCUGUGUACGCUGAGGGAGAAGGUGGAGGCCAGCCCUCUUCAUGUAAGCUCAGCUGCUACGGCUGAUCCACGACUCUUUGGUGUGGAUGCUGCCCGUCCUUCCGCAGGGUUUACCUCCUACCCACAUACCUCUAAAACUCAGCAUCCUAAUGUGGAUAGCCUGUCGGAGUCCCAGAGCUGUGGAGAACAACACUACAUUCCUGAAAGCUGGGCGCGGGAUGAUCGGGAGCUUGCAAACCUUCAAAAGAGGACAGGCCUACAGAGUCCUCCAACCUACGUCAGCAUGAAGACCCUUCAGAAUCAAAAGGAUUCGGAGAAAAUGAGCUGCUGUUCUUGCAGAGGGGACCCCGUUGAAGGGUUCUGGGAUGACCUGACCAGCAUCCAGCAGCAGCUGGAGGAUAAGGAGCAAGCAAUAGCCAUUCUGCGGGAGACAGUCAAGAUUUUGCAGAUGAAGGUGAUCAAAUUGGAGCAUCUGGUACAGCUGAAGGACCAACGAAUCUGGAAGUUGAUGAGAUCUGGACCGGAGGAGCAUCAGACCUGGAGGGGCCCUCAUCCAGAGUCUCUCAAGCCUUGACCCUGAGCCCAACUGGAGCCUCUCACUGACCAUGCAGCCUCAGAUCUAGACAUGUCAACGCAGGGAGAAAUGUAGAGGCUAGAGCACCCUGGGGCUGGAGAUAAGUCUGGACAGAUUUGAAUUUGGUUCUCCCAGUUCCCCAGUGUUUUGUCAUCAUUAUCGUUUGGUGCAUUUGUAAGCUCGAAAGGUCUUGGUAUGUGCAGUGUCUCAGGGUCCCCUCCCAGGGUGGGUGGGGACAGUAAACCAGGUGGCAGCAA